AUGUCAGCAUCCAAGCCCAAUGCCAACAUGCUCUGGGGAGGUCGCUUCACGGGCGGCCUCGAUCCGUUGAUGGUGUCGUACAACGAGUCCAUCUACUUUGACCGAGCCAUCUACGCGCAAGACAUUCGAGGGAGCAUAGCAUACGCGCGGGCGAAUUCGAAAAUCGGAAUCUUGACGGCUGACGAGUUCGCGGCGAUUGAAAAGGGGUUCGCACAGGUCCUCUCGGAGUGGGAGAGCGGGACAUUCGAGAUCAAACCGGGUGUCGACGAGGACAUCCACACGGCCAACGAGCGGCGGCUGGGCGAGAUCAUCGGCACUUCGAUCGCGGGCAAGUUGCACACGGGGCGAAGCCGCAACGACCAGGUCGGCACGGGCAUGCGGCUCUGGCUCCGCGACCAGCUGAGGGAGAUUGACCAGCACCUCGUCGGCUUGCUGCGCGUGACGACGUCGCGGGCGAAGUCGGAGAUCUCGGCGCUGAUGCCAGGGUACACGCACCUCCAGCGUGCGCAGCCGAUCCGCUGGUCGCACUGGCUGCUGAGCUACGGCAGCGUGUUCGCGUCGGACCUGGAGCGGCUGCGGGAGGUGAUCAGGCGCGUCAACCGGUCGCCGCUGGGCUCGGGGGCGCUGGUGGGCAACCCGUUCGGCAUCGACCGCGAGGCGAUGGCCUCGGAGCUCGGGUUCGAAGGGAUCAUCAACAACUCGAUGGCGGCGGUGGCCGACCGGGACUUUGUGGUCGAGACGCUCCAGUGGGCGGCGACGCUCAUGCAGCACGUGUCGCGCUGGGCCGAGGACCUGAUCAUCUACUCGACGGCCGAGUUCGGGUUCGUGCGGCUCGCCGACGCCUACUCGACGGGGAGCAGCCUGAUGCCGCAGAAGAAGAACCCGGACUCGCUGGAGCUGCUGCGCGGCAAGAGCGGCCGCGUCUUCGGCCACAUGGCCGGCCUCAUGAUGACGGUCAAGGGCCUGCCGUCGACGUACAACAAGGACCUGCAGGAGUCGUUCGAGCCCAUGCUCGACGCCGUCAAGACCACCGCCGACUCGAUCCAGAUCGCCACCGGCGUCCUGUCCACCCUGUCCAUCUUCCCGGACCGCAUGAGGGCCGCCCUGACCCCGGACAUGCUCGCCACCGACCUCGCCGACUACCUCGUCCGCCGGGGCGUGCCGUUCCGCGAGACCCACCACAUCAGCGGCCGCGUCGUCGCCCUGGCCGAGAAGGAGGCGAAGCCCAUGGACCGGCUGACCCUCCCCCAGCUGCAGGCCGUCGACCCCAGGUUCGCCGACGACGUCAUGGACGCCUUCGACUACGAGGCCAGCGUCGAGAAGAGGACCGUCCUCGGCGGCACGAGCAAGAAGAGCGUCGAGGAACAGAUUUCUAGGAUCCAGAAGUUGCUCGAAUGA